AUGAAAUUCCUGAGCACCUUCGUUACCACCGCGCUCCUCGUGAGCAGCAGCCUGGCCGCUCCACGCACCCUCAAAGAACGCAUGCAAGCCCGCGCGUCCUCUCGUCAAUCAAACCCGAACCAACGCAUCGCGGCCACCGACGCCGACCAAAGAGAAUUAACGAACAUCCAAUACAGCAACAACUGGGCCGGCGCUGUCUACGAACAACCACUCCCAGAAGGCUCCUGGAAUUACGUCUCAGGCACCUUCACAGUCCCGAAACCAAAAGCCGCCGGCGAGGUCAAAGAGGGUAGCGUGACAGCUGGUUCCGCGUGGGUCGGAAUCGACGGUGAUACCUACGGUGAGGCGAUCCUGCAGACGGGCGUGGACUUUUACGUCGAGGCAGAUGGGAAUGUGCGCUAUGAUGCGUGGUAUGAGUGGUAUCCGGACUAUGCGUACGAUUUCAAACUGAAGUUCAAGGCGGGUGAUGUCGUGAACCUCAUCGUUGAGGCGUACUCGUCUAGUUGGGGUUAUGUGCAAAUCGAAAAUCUAUCGACCGGUGAAACGGCAACGGAGAUCCUCAUAGCACCGACGGAAAAGGCCGUGCUGGCUGGUGAAAACGCGGAGUGGAUCUUUGAGGACUUUCAAUCUGGUGGGGAGCUGGUGAACCUGGUUGAUUUCGGGACCGUCACGUUCACAGAGACGCAGGCGAAGGCUGGGGUUAAGACGUAUGGGGUCAAAGACGCGUCGAUUAUCGAGCUGAAGCAGGGGGAUAGGGUGAUUACCGAGACGACGAUUGUCAGCGACGAGGAGUUCAACGUGAAGUACACGGGCUAG